GGUGGUCGCACAGACGGCGGCGGGCAGCGCGCAGCAUGUGAGCUGUGGCUUCGCAGCUCGGAACAACCGACGGCCGGUGCCGGGCUCUAGCAUGGGACUCGCCCUCUUUCUGGGGCUGCUCCUCUCCCGAGCCGGAGCCCUCCUGGCCCGGCCGAGGAGCGACUGCAUAGCAGCAGAACAGCUGUGCCUUUCGGACUCCACCUGCAAUGCCACCUACAGGACCCUGGAGCACUGUGCCCUGGCUAAGACGCGCGUCCUCCCACUGGAUCACAACAGCAGGGUCAGAUGUCUGAAUGCGGAGCUGGACCUCGGGAACAGCUCUUUGCUGCACUGCAAGUGCCAGCGGCGCAUGAAGAGGCAGGAGCACUGCUUACGCGUGUUCUGGACCGUUCACGCCAGCUUGGCAGAUGGUUAUUUCAAUUUGGAGACCUCUCCCUAUGAGAAUCCAGCAAAUGAGGAACAUUGGAAGACAGAUUAUAACAAACUGGCAGCUGUGUUAUCAGGCUCACAGUUAUCAGGAGAUGCAACAAAUCCAUGUCUGAAAGCAACUCAUGUCUGCAAUCUGAGCAAGAAGUGUGUCCGCCACCGCACAGACUAUGCCUCCAUCUGCACCAGGGGAGCAGGAAGCGAGGACACGUGUGACCGUCGCAAAUGCCACAGGGGGCUCAGGAAUUUCUUUGAGAAAGUCCCCGAGGAUUUCACCAAAAGGAUCUUAUUCUGUCCAUGUCAGGAUGAACUUUGCGGAGAACGACGCCGGAAAACUAUUGUUCCCGAGUGUUCCUUCCACUACAGCACCAAGCCAAACUGCCUCUGGCUUCUGGACUCCUGCUUAGAAGACCAUAUUUGCAAAUCUCGACUGGCUGACUUCCAGCAAAACUGUCAACCUGCAGACAUGUCUCCAGAUGGCUGCUCUCAGCACAACCAUGCUGCAUGCCUGCAGGCUUACAUGGGGAUGAUUGGCACACCCAUGACACCCAACUACAUCAGCAACUCCAGCGUGGAUGUCUCCCUGUGGUGUACCUGUGAGAGCAGCGGCAACCAGAAGGAGAAGUGUGACCAGAUACUCGGCAUGUUUGAGAGCAACAAGUGCCUUGAAAAUGCCAUUUGGUCUCAAAUGCACCUGAAGAAGGAAGCUCUAGAAAGACAGGAAGACUUGCUUUAUCCAUCUUCCAUAAGCUUCCAAGGAGACAGUGCCAGCACAUCUCUUGCUUCAGAAAUGUCCCAGGUGGAUGAAGGGAAGACACAGCGAGACAUCUCUGAGCACAGCAACAUGCCUAUGGCCUCCUCUGUAUAUUCUGGAGCUGCUGUUUCUUGGCCAUCUCUGGUUCUGUUCCUGCCUCUGUUGCUGAGCUCGCAUUAACUUGGCAUAAAUGGCAUCUUUUCUUCACAUAUAACUGAUCUUAUUCCAUAUCCAGGCUCCUCCCACUACUGAUUUACCUUUGGGAAGCAGGAGGCUUCCACAAAGGAGAAAUGCAACAGCCUUAACCCAGAAGAGCAGUCACCAAAAAACUCCCUGCAACUUGCACCCCACUUGGCCCCAAUCAGUUGUGCUGAGCUCUGCAGAUAGGGAGCCCACGGCUGCUUCUGCCAUGAUAGCAUGUUGGUAGCAGCCAGCCUACUGUUCCAAACAAAGGCCUGGGCUCUCCCUCAAGCAUACAAUCAUAGAAUGGGUUGGGUUGGAACGGACCUUAAAGAUCAUCUCGUUCCAACCCUGCUGCUGUGGGUUGGCACAUCUUUCACUAGACCAGGUUGCUCAAGGCCCCAACCAGCCUAGCCUUGAACACUUUCAGGAAGGGAGCAUCCACAGCUUCCCUGGGUAACUGUCCUCACUGUAAAAGAAUUUCUUCCUUAUGUCCAAUCUAUACCUACCUUCUUCCAGUUAAAAACCACUGCCUUUUGUCCUGUCUCUACAGGCCCUGGUAAAAAGUCUCUUUCUUAUCCCUCUAUAUAUUGGAAGGCCUCAAUGAGGUCUCCACAGAGCCUGCUCUUUUUCAUGCUGAACAACCCCAACUCUCAACCUUUCUUCACAGCAGAGAUAUUCCAGCACUCUCAUUCUUUUUGUGGCCCUCCUCUGGACCCACUCUAAGAGACCCAUGUCCAUCUUGUUCUGAGCAUCACAAAGCUGGAUGCAAGAUUCCAGGUGGGGUCAAGUAAGGUAGAGGGGGAGAAUUGCCUCUCUCAGCCUGCUGGCCACACUUCUUUUUAUGCAGCCAAGGAUACAGUAUGGCUUCCUGGGCUGUGACUGUACAUUGCCAGCUCAUGUCUAAUUUUUCAUCCACCAGUACCCCCAAGUCCUUUCCCACAAUUUCUCUUAAUCCAGGCACCACUCAUUCUGUACUGAUAUUGGGAAUUGUCCCAACCUUGCUGUAGGACAUUGCACUUGGCCUUGUCACCUUUGUGAGUUUCACGUGGGUCCGCUCCACAAGACAAGUCAGCACUGCAAGGGAGGUUGCAAGCAAAGCUCAAUAGCCAUACACAUGGAGUCCCUGGGAAACACCAGUUCUGAAUUACAUUCAGUUUCCUUUUCAAAUCCCUUCUUUUAUGAAAAAUACCAUUCCAGAUCAAGGGCACUAUACAACAGUUUGUAUUCUUCCUUUCUGUUUUAUCCUGUGCAGCAUGCCUAUAUCAUCCAUGAUCACAGCUAGCAACAGACUUAGGUUUUGUGGGUAAAGAUGAAAUUCUGAGCUCAACCACAGUAAAUGUAGUCUCAUCUAGCAAAGGAUGGCCUCAGGACACACCUUAGUGAUGCACAGAGAAUGCAUAUAGCUCAUUGAAGCUGUAUUGACCACAAGAACCGUUGGGACAUUGAGUUGUAAAAAUCUCUGGGAGCUGCAACUACCUUGCACCUCUCCACUUACUCAAGUUGUCACUGUCCCCUCCCAUGCUGCCUAUCCAACCCAACCUCCUCCUCUGCCAAGCUCUAUUUCAUGACCUGUUUAUUCUAAGUGUAAAUGUGUGCACUAUGUAACUGCUGUUAUUUUGUACUGCAUUUGCCUGUUAAAAUGUGGUGUUAAGUGAAUAUUGAUUUCUGAGCAUAGGUUAAUAGUCCACAAUCAAUUGUGUGCAAGAGCUGCCUCGCAUCAGCCUGUGCUUUCAGGAGAGCUGCAAACCCAGCUCAAAGCAGCUUCUCCAUGCACCACAUGAUGUCCCUUGCCCAUCCUGUGAGCUAUAGUAGGUAUAACAAUGUUAUACCCAGCCAAACAAGGUUACAGCCCCAAGAGAUGCAGAGCGGUUGGGUGCUUUUUUACCUUUUGCUCUGUCUGUUGUCAGGGAGGCACCAGCUAGGUAAAAUGUUGUGGUUCCCAGUCACUGUCAGACAAUUCUUAUUACAGAAUCUUACAUUGCCUUGUGUAUAAAGUAAUUGUCCUUCUGCAAUGAUAAUAUUUCCACUUCAAAUUCUAGCCUUCUCUUUACUUCCUGGGCAAGGAAAUCACUGCAUGGCACAGAACCAUCUCCUCUGCUGUACAGAGUAGCAACAUCUUAUUUCCAUGCAGUAGGAAGAAAUACUGUGUCUUCUUAAUAAAGAGGAGUACAAAUGAUAGUAUUUCCCAUUAGUUACUGAAAUACAGCUGUUUUGAUCAGGACAAGACUGUUUCCACAUGUUUACUACUAUUCAGUAAUGAAUAGAGUCCCUGUUGCCAUAUUCUAAUAUCUACCUUAGACCAUUCUCCAUAUGAUAGGACUAGAAAUGUGUCAAACCUCUGGACAGAUGCAAUAGCAUCUCUUACGUCCAGAAUUUAGUGAAGAGUGACAGGGAUGAAGAAAACAUUUUCUUUCCAUUGUUUCACAAAUUGGUGAGGCUAUUUCCAAUAACUGAGUGGAUUUCCUUGUGCCUUCUGUACGACACAGAGUGUACUGCAUUCAUCUUCCACUCAUGUGCAUUGUGAUCCUUCUAUUUUCCCACUUUAGUGCUUGAAAACAGGUUGAUAUGGAAAAGGUAUUAGCAUUUUCUUGUUUAUAUUCAGGGCACUUUGGACCUUUAGUUUCUAAGGUUAUUGAUUGUAACUGCAGCCUCUCACCAAGGCCUGGAUUGCAUAGGAAAAUGCCUGGCAAAUCCUGCUCUAGACUGAAAUUAAAGCAAAAUAUGUCAGUUUGGGGUUUUCUCCAAGUGUCCUAUACCCCUUUUGCAUGUACAUGUGCACCUUUAUAUACAUGGCUGCCUCUGAGGCUUGUUCAGCAGUAACUGCAAAUAGAAUUCCCCUCUGAGUGCACCCUCACUCACAGGUACUCACACUGCUACUGGUGCAAACCUAAUUGCACUGAGAUUUUUGUAAUACCUAAUGUCAAAUACCAGUUACUCAACAACACAGCAGAUAUUCAUGCAGAUAUGCAUGCACAAAGUGGCACUAUUAGAAAGGUCCAGUCACUAUCAGCUCAGGUCUGUUGGCACCAGUGAUGUACAGACCCAUCCAGAACAGUUCUUACUAACACAGCACAGGCAAUUUACAACAGCUCAGCUUCUGCUCCCCAGAAACUGGAAUACAACAUCCUGUGAGUACCUUUGGUCUAAAUUUAAAAAAUAACCUAAUUAAAAUUCUCUAUCCUGACAGUCUUAACAGUGGCCAAGCCCUCUACUUGUAAUGUAGAUUAUUUUUAAAAGUGUAAAAAAUUGGCAAAUCUUGCUAAUAAAAUUUAUCUUGCAGUUCUAGAA